CCGGCCUGCCGGGCGUGCGGGCCGCGCACUACGCCACCAUGCAGCCGGGCGUGGGCAGUGUGCCGCCCACUGCGUACUACCAGCCGGUGCCGCGACAGCCGCUGCUAGCCACCGGCCACUCGGCCACGCUGGCCGCCGGUCUGGCGGGCUCUGCGCGCCUCCAGCAGGCGGUGCAGAGCCGGCUGGCGGCCGGCACCAGUUCGGUGCACCCGCGCCUCCAGCCCAGCCACCCGCUGUACCGGCAGCUGGCGGCGGCCGACUACAACCCGGCGCACACCAUAUCGUACGGCCACUCGGACGGCCGCCAGCUGACGGUGCGCCGCCUGCUCGACUGGGAGCUGCCCGACCUGCACACCGUCCGUAAGUACACAAGCGAUGCCGAGAGUGACUCGGAUGCCGACUCGGUCUUCUCGGUGGUACCGACCCACCGGGGGGCGAGGGGUCGCACCACGUGGACCAACAAGGUGGAGUUCAUCCUGGCUUGUCUGGGCUACGCCGUCGGCCUGGGCAACUUGUGGAGGUUUCCUUAUCUCUGCUACAAGUCUGGGGGAGGCGCGUUUUUCAUUCCAUAUCUUAUCAUGAUGGUGGUUUGCAGCAUUCCCCUGUUGUUGAUGGAGCUCACCAUUGGACAGUUCACCCGGCAAGGCCCAGUGGGGGCCAUGGGACGGCUCUGUCCACUCUUUAAAGGUGCCGGGGUCGCUCCCGUGGUCAUCUCGUUCAUCUUUUGCACCUACUACAACGUGGUGAUCGGCUGGGCGCUCUACUACCUGUUCAGCUCGUUCAGCAGCACGCUGCCGUGGACGACGUGCGGUAACUCCACGUGGGGCUGUGAGGACUCACCCCUGAACCGGUCACUGACCGCCGCGGCUAACGCUACCGAAGGUUUCGACGCAGACGACGGGCUGUGGUCGGGCAACGCGUCGGCGGCGAUGUUCGCCAAUGUGUCAUCGGUGCUGGGGAACGAUUCCGUGUUUCACACGGCACGGAAGUCGGCGGCGCUGGCCACAACUCCCGAGGAGGUGUUUUUCAGCCACCGGGUGCUGGAGAUCUCCAGCGGGGUGUCCGACCUGGGCACGAUCCGGAUCCCGCUGAUGCUGACGCUGCUGCUAGCCUGGGUCCUCGUCUACUUCUCCAUCUGGAAGUCCAUCAGGUCCUCGGGCAAGGUGGUGUACGUCACGGUGAUCGCGCCCUACCUCCUGCUGACGGCCUUCCUAUGGCGCGCGCUGACCCUGGAGGGUGCCUCGACCGGCAUCCGCUAUCUGUUCCAGCCGCACUGGCAGCUGCUGGCCGACUCCAAGGUUUGGGUAAAUGCCCUGGCGCAGAACUUCAACUCGGUCGGCAUCGGGUUCGGCUCGAUGAUCACGUUCGCCAGCUACAACAAGUUCGAGAACAGGACGAUCCUGAUGGACACCAUGGUGAUCAUCCUGGCCAACCUGUUGACCAGCGUAUUCGCCGGCAUCAUCGUGUUCGCAACACUGGGCAACAUCGCCAUGGAGCUGGGCAGACCCAUUCAGAAGGUGGUCGUCGACGGUCCCGGCCUGGUAUACGUGGUCUACCCGAAGGCGCUGGCCAGUAUGCCAUUCCCGCAGCUCUGGUCCGUGCUGUUCUUCUUCAUGCUGCUCUGCCUCGGUCUGGACAGCCAGUUUGCCACACUGGAGGUGGUGAUUACGUCUCUGCAGGACGGCUACAGCGGCCUGGUGAAACGGUACCUGAAACGCCACGAGCUGCUCGUACUGGUCAUCUGCCUGCUGUCCUUCGGCCUCGGACUGCCUUACGUCACACAGGGCGGCAUGUACGUGUUCCAGCUGAUGGACUACAACGUCACCAACACGUCCCUCAUCCUGCUGGCGCUGUUCGAGGUCGUGACGCUGGCCUGGGUGUACGGCACCGAGAGGCUCAACCAGGACUUCCUGGCCAUGACCGGCAAACGGUUCUCCAACUACUUUAUCGUCUGUCUCAAGUUCCUGGCCCCGCUACUGAUUCUGGCCAUCUGGGUGUUCAGUCUGAUCGACCACGAGCCGCUGACGUACGGGCCGUACGACUACCCCGAGUGGGCGUCCCGACUCGGCUGGCUGCUGGUGGCGCUGCCCGUCCUGCCCAUCCCCGUGUGCGCCGUCCUGGCCCUCUGGCGGGCUGAGGGUGACACUUUCAUGGAGCGGCUGAAAGCUUCAGUACAGCCGGACCGCCGCGUGCGGCGCGACCUGGGCUUUGAGCCGACAGUGGACGGUCCUGAUCACGGAGAUCACCCGGAGCUGUACUUCGAGAUGUCUCCCAUCGCGCCCCAGAUUCCCUACUCGGCCGUCAACGGGGACACCGACAGCAAAUAGAGAGCGCACAGAGUGAGCAGAUGUGGAGCGUGUGUUGGUCACCGCCGCGGCAGCGCUGGCGGAAAACGGCGUGAACGUGAGACGCAGGAAAUGUUCGAAGGUAUAUGCUAGUUACGGAUAACGCUCCAAGACUGAUUGAGUAGGAAGUGCCUGGUGUAUGAAGCAGUAAGCCUGAGGUGCCGCUGGUUAUUUGCAUAGCUGGUGUACUUGCCUUAGUUGCACUGGUAGACGAUGACAUUUCCAUGUUUACACGUUGCCAGACUUUUGCUCUCAACAGAGCCUUGCAGGGCUUGAGACGACGUUAGAUGUACAUAUUGAGGAUGAAACUGGGCCAAUUGUCAGCGUAGAGCUUGUGUAUUGUCACGCGAGAUUACAAUUAUUCCGUGGUACAGGUAUAAGCGUGCCAUCCGGCUGUUCGUAGUUAAGCCGUUUAGCGUAGUGAGUGUGUAACUGUGGCCUUAGAUCUGGGGUCGCAGGGACAGAGGCUCGGGCCGUGAGUCCCCAGGUACCCGCGCACCGGUGUCUGGUCGUCACAGUGGUGCCCGAGUCCCGUUCAGCCAUUCCGCGCAUUAAUUAGAUGUGGAGUUUGUCCACUAAUGGGGGCUCCCUGCCUCAGUCGCGCUGGAGCUACCUGAUCGGGGCGCUGCGCGCUGGACGGCUCCUCCGCCCCCUCACGGAUCUUUCGGUGGCUAUAUAACGGUGGUGCAAUGCCAGUGCAGGCUUUUGUACUUAAGUUUUACGUUCGUCGAUACGUGCCAUUUUAGCCCAGUGUUUUAAGAUAUCGAGUUUUGUUGAACAUCGAGGACUAAAUAUACUGCAAUAUUUCAAA